AUGGCGACCGCUCUCCCCUCCUCCGCCCCCGCUUCCGCCACCGCCGCUUCUUGCCUUCUCCAUCUCUCCCGGCGCGGCCUCCCUGGAGCAUCUCCAGUGCUCUCCCCUCCUCGCACUGCCACUUUCCGCUGGCGCGGUGGCUGUAACGUGGCCUGUCCAUGCUCUCCCGGCCCACCGCCUGCGGUUCCCGCGGAGCCAAGGGGCGACGACGUUGCUGGCCAUGCCACGUCUCCAGUUGCAACCGUACGAAUCGUCGCCGUGGUUGGAGAAGGUAGCAUCAGCCCGAUUAAGGAUACGCCCUGGGAAGAGGUCAUGCGCCAUAUGGCAGAUAGGCUGAAGUGGGUCGAUGAAGGAUUUGAAAUGCUUGUCUUCACAGACAACUUGAUUGAUCAUGAUAAUCUUAGGAAAGAGUUACUGUCACAAUGUGAUAUGCUACUCAAUGUUGCAAUAACAAACCAGGAUGCUGUUCAAUGGCUUAUAAACAACAGCAAACACAUUUCUAAUGUAAUUUGCUUUCAGUCAUCUCCAUCUUUAGUAAACAAGCUAGGUGGCACAUAUGUUCAAUACACUGGAGAGCAGGACAUGUUUGGAAAGCUAGCAAAUAUUGGGAAACCAAGUGGUGUAAAGGAAUCAGCUGAAGUUUUGAAGACCAUAUCUAAUGCUUGGGAAAGACACAAUUCAGAUGACAUUAGAUUUUGCUUGCUUGUUGUUGUAAAUGCAUACAUAAGGCCGGUUUCUAUGCUGAAAAAUCUAAGGGCAAAAGGUCUUUCUACCCUAAGUUGUAUGAUAAAGAACUGUGGUCCUCAGAUACUUAAUUGUCUGUUUGACCCUAACUGUAGGAAGGCCCUUCAGUGUUUGAAUUCCUGUUCUCCGACUGAUCAAGUCUGCAACUAUCGCUGUAUUGCAUCAUAUGAAAGUCCGUAUCUGGAGGCCUUUUCUCUCUGUGUUUUGCAGAAGAACAAUUGCCUUGACCUCAAUGCUGAGAUACCCACAUGGAAUGGAGUUGGCGAGUGGCAGCUGGACAAAAUACCAGCAUAUGAUCAGUUCCCAUGUCAGUAUCAGUUAUUCUACAGAGGGAAAGCCAAAGGUUCAUUUUGGUAUGAGCCUGUUUUUCAGGUCAAAACCCUGGAAGGAGAGCUGGUUUGGAGGCGCAGGAGGUAUCGUGUGAGAAGGGCUAGCACUCCUGGUACAUUUUACUUUAGUGUGUUGGAUAAUGGUGUCAUUUCCAAAGAAUUUUGGACAAUUGUUGACGUUGCGGAGGAUUUCAGCUGGGGUCUGUUCCAUUAUCAUGGUGCUGCACAAGCUGCUGGGCUAUCAUACACUGGAGCAGUGCUUGUUACUCCAGAUGGGUCUUAUCCUGAUGUGGAAGACCCAAGAUUGGCCUCUGCUUUAGAGAAGUGUGCUAUAAAGAAAUGGGAGCUCUAUACAGUUGAUAACUGUUCCUGCAUGGGUGCGCCACUGGGAACUCCUGAGGGUUCAAAGCUGCAUCAUCAGAUUUCUCCAGGAAAAGAAACUAGUAUUUUGCAGAGAAGAUGA